GCCGAGAGAGAAUCCCCAUUCCAUCCAAUUUCAAAAAUCUUCCGUUCUUCACCAGUUCCCUCGAUUCUCCAACGAACCAAACAGACCGUUAAAAACUGCCGCACCAAAACAUACUACAAGAUUUUCAUUUGCUUGAUAAUGGCGGCUUCUUCCCCAGCUCUAAGCAACAGCAGCACCGAUGGCCCUCCCGCCGCCGCAUCCUCUCCAUCACUCGUCCGUCCGGACGCCCCACCCAAGACACUUCGAGGCCUCAACAAGCCUAAGUGCAUUCAGUGCGGCAACGUCGCUCGCUCGAGGUGCCCAUACCAGUCAUGCAAGAGUUGCUGCUCAAAAGCUCAAAAUCCAUGUCAUAUUCAUGUUCUGAAAGCAAAUGCAACAUUUCCCGAGAAGACACCAACUUCAAACACUCCAAUGUUUGAUCAACAAUCAACUGAAGUGUCUCCUGCAGGGAGUUCACAUAGAGCUAUCUCUCUGAGGCAACUUUCCAAUAAUUUUGCACAGUUCAACAAUUUGCAUGUUCCCCUUCGUUCUAAGAAACCACUGAGCAGAAAGGAGGCUCUAGCUAUUAAUGAUUGGAGGUUUUCCAAGUUGAAGGAAUACAAGGACCGAAACAUUGAAGUGGAAAAUGAAGCUUUUGACCGGUACAUGCAGAAUGUUAGUUUACUAGAAGAAGUGUUGUCUCUAAAUGUUAUACCGGAAGGCUCUGCUGAGGACGGCUCCCCUAUAGUGAAACCUAAAGCUGGUGUGGAAGAUGAUGCCGACAUGAUGAUUUCAGGGCUAAAGUUGAAGCUUAGAUCAAACCCAGUGAGAAGUGAAAACUUCAGAAAGAGGAUACGACAGAUGGUUGAUCAGGGAUUGAACAAGCUUGAGAAAGGUGAGGUAAGUGAGGCUGGUAGUGGCCCAAGCAACCAAAAUGAAAUUGAUGAUGGGUCCAAAACCAUAAAAUGUCGCUCGGCUGAGAGAGCUUCAGUUAUAAGCGAUCUUAUUGAAAAAUUGAACAAAGCAAGAAACAUUGAGGACCUCAAAUCUUGCUUGGAUAUAAAAUCCCAGCUCCAUAAACACUCUUCGCAGUCAACUCAAACAGAAACAGAAGAUGUCAGCGUCUCUAAUAAGGAGACUUCCGAGAAUGAGUUACUGCCAAGUAAAGAAUCCAAAGGCUUUCUACCAAAAUUGUUUACAACGACGGAAAUUGAUCAAACAAUGCUUGAAAACAUCAAUGCACAUUUCUCUUCCCUUGAACAGAUAGAAAAUUUAUAAUUUUGAGGCAAGAGUUUCAGUUAGGAAUAGCCUUUAGAUUAGGAUACUCGGGAAUUUAAUGCUCCCUUGUUGGAAAAACAUGUCAUAUGAAUGUAAUGUUGUUUUGGGAAAGUAGCUAGGACUUCCUCAUGCUCAAGUCCUUGAUUUUCUGGUGUAAAAAAAUUGUCAUUGUCAAUUUCCUUUAUGGUCUUGAGUGUAUGUAACAUGACGAACAUAAUUGAUUUUUUAUGCUCUCUGUGGUUAGAUA